AUGCUGUCUCCAGCUCAGGCCUCCGCUCUUCUCGUCGCCCUCGGCGCCGCCGGCGUCACGGCCCAAACACAAAACCUCUGGGGCCAAUGCGGCGGCAUCGGCUGGAGCGGUCCUACUACUUGCGCCUCCGGAUCGUACUGCUUCCACCAGAAUGACUGGUACUACCAAUGCAUUCCUGGCGCCGGUCCUACAACAGCUGCUCCUGCUCAGCCUACCACUACCCUGAUCAGCACCACCAAGGCGCCCACCUAUUCCUCCUCGACGGCCGCUGCCCCAUCACCAACUACCUCAGUCCCUUCCGCCGGCGGCGGUGGCGUCUGCCCUAACGUCCCAACCAGCUUGGGCGCGUCGGUCUCGACCCUUCCUGACCCCUUCACUUUUGCGGGAGGUCAGAAGGUUAUCAAUCGCGCUGACUGGACUUGCCGUCAAGCCGAGAUCAAGGCUCUCUUCGAGAAGUACGAGCUCGGUACACUCCCAGCCAAGCCCACCGUCUCCGCCAGCUACUCCGGCAGCACCUUGAGCAUCACCGCCUCGACGGGCGGCAAGCUCUGGCCCCUUCCCGCCAUUAUCAACUACGGCUCCUACGGUGCCAGCAUUCCCGUGCCCUCAGGCGUCGCCACCAUCCUCUUCAACAACGACGAUAUCGCCGCCCAACAAGACGGCUCCUCGCGCGGCAAGGGCAAAUUCUACGACCUCUACGGCUCCUCGCACUCCGCCGGCGCUCUCACCGCCUGGGCUUGGGGCGUCUCCCGCAUCAUCGACGCUCUAGAGCUCACCAAAUCCCAAACCAACAUCGACCCAACCCGCAUCGGCGUAACGGGCUGCUCGCGCAACGGCAAGGGCGCCUUUGUAGCAGGCGCCUUCGAGCCUCGCAUCGCCCUAACCCUCCCCCAGGAGUCGGGAGCAGGCGGCGCCGGCUGCUGGCGUCUCGCCAACUGGCAGAACUCCAACGGGUACAACGUGCAAGACGCCAAGGAAAUCGUCGGCGAAAACGUCUGGUUUUCGCCCAACUUCAACUCCUACGUCAACAACGUCAACCAGCUGCCCUUUGACCACCACCUUUUGGCGUCUCUCGUGGCGCCCCGCGGUCUUUAUAUUAUGGAAAAUCCAGACUUUGAGUGGCUUGGCAAGAUUAGCACGUACGGAUGUAUGGGUGCUGCGCGCAAGAAUUAUCAGGCGUUAGGAGCGUUGGAGGCGUUUGGAUACUCGCAGGUCGGAGGACAUAAUCAUUGCAGUUUUCCCGGUGCGCAGAGUUCCGAGUUGAAUGCGUUUGUUAGCAAGUAUUUGUUGGGAAAUAGUGGGACUACGACGGGGGUUUUCAGGACGGAUCAGAAUCUGAACUUUAACAUUGAGAGUUGGUGUCCUUGGACGGUUCCUAGUCUUUAA